UUUCUUGUUCUGAUGCGAGAGAGUUAGCAACACCUGCCUCAAGGUGUAGACUUUCUAUUGUGCUCUGGGCGUUUACUUCAAAUAUAGAAUCCGAAUUAAGCUGCACAGAUGACUGGCCAAUGGUUUUAUUUUGACGAUUGAAUCUCUUGUUGUGUUGAGAUGGUUGGCCACAUGAUGUACACGGGCCCAGCAUCAUGGCGAUUAGCCUUUGUGACGACGGUGAUGACGAUCGCGGUCGUCACUGGUCAGCAAGCGUAUUUCAAUGGGACGCAAGAGACGGUGGUCACCAGCGUCACCUUUCCACCGACGUCUGCCCAAACGUAUCACCUGGGCUUUAGUUUCCGCACUUGCGGCUCGCCAACCACCGGCACCAUUUUGUCGCAGGUGAUGGCUGCCGAUCGGCUGAGUGUGUCUCUGCUGCCAGCCAAUCAGGGCGGUCGGUUGAGUUUGAGCCUUUCGGCCGAUUCCAACGACUUCACGACCGAAGCCGGUUUCGAUUUGGCCGACAAUCGAUGGCACGAUGUCGAUUUCCGAUUCCACGAAGACUUUCUACAAAUCAGAUUAGACGGCGAAUGGACGCCGGUGGUGAAUGCCAGUUUCGUGAUUAAUUCGCCCCUUUUCCAACGACCUGUCGCUGACAAUGCUGCCAAAUUGAUGACAAUCGGCACCGGAUUUUCCGGUUGUCUUUUGGAGGGCCCCUCCUUCUUGCUGACAUCAAUCGACCAGCAUUUACAAGUCACCAACUGCCCCAUUCCAUUGGGCAGCGAUGUUUGCAACAAUGCGACGAGCGAUCCGUGCUGGAAUCGUCCUUGCCGCAAUUACGGAAAAUGUUCGUCAUCGUCGAACAGUGACGACGGCUUCGAAUGUCGCUGUUCCCUGCGCUACAUCGGCGACCGUUGCCAACACGAUUUGGGGUCACUUUGCGAACGACCAGAGUUCUCUUGCCUCAACGGCGGAUCCUGCCACGAACAUCCGACGGGCAAUGGAACGUCUUGCAUCUGUCCGCCCAACUUUUCCGGCUCUCUCUGCGAGAAUGCCGUCGAUUUGCCGGCGUGCAGCGGCGAUCAGUCGUGUCUGAACGGAGGAACGUGUUACCAGCAAUCGAACGGAGAUUCUUUGUGCGUCUGCCGGCCGGGAUUCAGCGGGCCCCGAUGUGCCGACAACACGGACGAUUGUCUGCAUCCGUCUCUGUGUCAGAACGGAGGCACUUGCAUCGACGGAGUCAACAAUUUUACUUGCACCUGCAACGGGUAUCAAGGACAGAGAUGCGAAACGAAAAUCAAUCAGUGUCUACUGGAGCCGUGCCAAAACGGAGCAACCUGUUUCGAUCGGUUCGGCAGCUACGUUUGCCAAUGCGUCGCCGGAUUCAGCGGCAACAACUGCCAACUCGAAAUGGCUUCCAGGAUGUUGGCAGCAGACGAUCCUCUAGUGGCGGCCGUUAUGGUCAAUUGCGAGCCGGAUUCUUGCCUGAACGGUGGAAUCUGCACCAGUAGCGCUUUGAAUGGAAUCGAAUGUUUGUGUCUGCCCGGUUUCAGCGGCGCACGUUGCCAAACGGAAGUGGACGAUUGCCUGAACGUCACGUGUCCGGCCAAUUCACGUUGUCUCGACACGGGGGUGGAUUCGCAUCAGUGCGUCUGCCUCACUGGAUUCGCCGGAACAGCAGCCACUGGAUGCAUCAACAUCGACGAAUGCGAACCCAAUCCGUGCCGGAAUAACGGCACCUGCACGGACCUGGUCAACGGCUUUGAAUGCACCUGCACGGGCACGGGCUUCGGCGGAAACGAUUGCUCCGAAGAAGUGGACGAAUGCCAACCGUCGCCGUGUCUCAACGGCGCCACGUGCGUCGAUGGCGUCGGCAACUACUCCUGCCUCUGUCUGGCUGGGUACGAAGGACGCGAUUGCGAGACGGACGUCGACGAAUGCCAAUUAGCUUCGACCCAGUGCGGAAUCCAUUCGUCAACGUGCACCGACCUCGUCGGUGAUUACCGGUGCGUUUGCGAACCCGGCUGGACGGGCCGUCAUUGCGAUUUCGAUAUCGACGAGUGCGCCGAUAGCCCCUGCUUGAAUAACGGCACGUGUCUCAACCAGCCGAACGCCUUCCAGUGCCAAUGCCUCAACGGCUUCCUGGGCGAACGAUGCGAGGUCAAUCGGGACGACUGUCUGCCCAAUUUGUGCCGCAAUAACGGCACUUGCAUCGAUCAGGUGGCCAAUUACACUUGCUCUUGUCCACCCGAAUUCAUGGGUCGCCACUGCGAGGAAGAGUUUGACGCUUGUGCCAGUUCACCUUGCCAAAACGGAGCCAGUUGCAUCACCACACGACCGCAAUUGAACUUUUACUGCGAAUGUCUGCCAGGUUUCGAGGGAAUGUACUGCGAGAAUAACAUCGACGAGUGUUUCUCCGUCCAAUGCGUGGAUGGCAAACAAUGUUUCGAUUUGAUUAACGGCUACGAAUGCCGUUGCCCCACUGGAUUCACUGGCCACCUCUGCCUGGAGAACAUCAACGACUGCGUGACCAAUCCUUGCCAAAACGGUGGAUCCUGCAUCGAUGGCAUUGGCAACUACACUUGCUCCUGCCCUCCUGGUUUCACUGGACGCAAUUGCUCUGAAGACAUCGACGAAUGCACCGUCCUCAAACCUUGCGUCUACGGCAUUUGUCAAAACACGAUCGGAUCGUAUCAGUGCUACUGCAGACCGGGAUUCUCUGGCGACAAUUGCAAUUUGGAGUUUGACGAGUGUUUGUCGCAUCCGUGCCAAAAUAACGGAAUAUGCAACAAUUUAAUCAACGGCUACGAGUGCGUUUGCGCACCUGGAUUCACCGGCAAGGACUGCGACAUCAACAUCAACGAAUGCGAGUCGAACCCUUGCCAGAACAACGGCACUUGCAUCGACGGCAUUGCCGCCUAUUCCUGCAUCUGUUUGGCCGGUUUUACUGGUCCGCGUUGCGAAGUCAACAUCGAUGAAUGCGAAUCGUCACCUUGCCUGAACGACGGGCUGUGCCUGGACGGCAUCAAUUCCUACCAAUGCGACUGCAACGACACGGGAUUCCACGGCGUUCACUGCCAGAUCAACGUCGACGACUGCAUGAGCGCCCCCUGUGUUCACGGCUCUGAAUGCGUCGAUCUAGUCAAAGAUUAUCAAUGCCAAUGUCAUCCGGGAUACGAGGGCAAGAAUUGCGAACAGGACGUCAACGAAUGCGAACCGAUUUCUCAGCCGUGCCGUAACGGCGCCGAAUGUCUGGAACGAUCCAACAGGACCCUGUACGAGACUGGCCAGAUAUUUCACAGCGAAACGGAGCCGUUCAGCUACAACAUCUCAGGAGGAUACCUGUGCCGCUGUUUGCCCGGUUUCGAAGGUGUCGACUGUCAAAUCAACAUCGACGAAUGCGCUUUAGCUACAGCCGCUUCGCCCCGUGGCCAGUCUCCAUGCAAAUUCGGCACCUGUCUCGACGGCAUCAAUAAUUACACGUGUCAAUGUCUGCCCGGCUACGAAGGAGAUGACUGCGAACUGGAAAUCGACGAGUGCGGUCGUUACGAGCCGUGCCAGAACGGCGCCACUUGUUUAGAUCGUGUCGCUGAUUACCAGUGCCUCUGCCCGUCCAAUUACGGUGGCAAAAACUGCUCGGUUGAGUUGCUGGGCUGCAUCGAUGUCUCCUGCCUUCACGGUGGCAUCUGCGCUCCCUUCUUGGAGGACGAAACGAUCCACAAGUUCACUUGUCAGUGCCCGUUCGGUUUCCACGGCCAGCUGUGCCAGCACGCCACCACCAUGUCCUUUAACGGCUCGUCUUUUAUGCCCGUCCAAACUAACCGCGAGGAAGGAUACGAUUUGAGUUUCCGAUUCCGCACGACGUUGCCCAAAGGAUUGCUGGCCGUCGGACAAGGGCAGACGUACUACCGUCUCGAAUUGCUCAACGGACAAUUGAAUUUGCAUUCGAGUCUGCUGAACAAGUGGGAAGGCGUCUUCCUCGGUUCCAAUCUCAACGACGCCGAAUGGCAAUCGGUUCGCGUCCGGUUUAAUUUCACUCAUCUCCAUUUGGCCGUUAAUCAGCUGGAGGCCAUGUAUCCGAUUAAUCCGGUAGAAUCCAUCAACUCGACCGAAACGAGUUUCGGCAUGACCGUUCUAGGUGGCGCCACAUCUUUCCUACGAAUCCUAGCCCAAGGAUUGCCGUUUUUCAUUGGUUGUAUGGAAAACGUGGUCGUCAAUGGCCAGUGGGUGAUUCCCAGUCCCAGUCCGCUAAACUCGGACGCAGCUCCAGGAAACAACAACAACAACAUGCUCCACUUGCCCGGCGUCGGAGUCGAAAUGGGCUGCCCUCGUACCGACCACUGCCGACCGAAUCCCUGCCAAAACGAAGGCACUUGCAACGAUUUGUGGACCUUCUUCAACUGCUCGUGCCAAAGGCCUUACCUGGGCGACACGUGUCAAUUCAGCUACACGGCAGCAACGUUCGGUCACGAGAACGUGACGUCCAGCAUGGUUUCCGUUUCCAUCACCCCGCAGGAGCGACUGGCCUUGUCUAAUUCGAUGGACAUUUCGCUCUUUGUCCGCACGAGAGAACCGAGCGGUUUGAUCUUUUACCUGGGCACCCCGCCAGCCGAUUCAGGUGGGCCCAGUUACGUGGCUGCAGAAUUGCAAGGCGGCCGGUUGCUGGUCGUCGUGGAUUUGGGAGACGGAGAGCUGAUCUUCCCCGCCACCAAUUCGCCAUCUCUCAACGAUGGCAACAGUCAUCUCGUCCAGGUUAUUCGUGACAGACUUCAAUUACGAGUCAAGAUCAACGGCACCGUCUACCUCAACGAUUCGUUGACGUCGUUCCGACCGUUGCAAGCGCAGGUUCUCUUUUUAGGAGGAUUACCACCUUCGGCUCGUCUUCGACGUCAGACGACGCCAUCGAUCGCUUCUCAAUUGGCUUCCGGGCAGCCGAUCGGCAUCGCCGUCCAAACACAACAAAACAACAACAACAACGUGCUGGAGGGUCGCAAUUUUAAGGGCAUCUUACAAGACAUCCAGAUUAAAAGCGGAAAUAUCACGCGAAUCGUGGAAAUCUUCCCAUUGGAGGUGCCCAGUCGUAACGAAUUGCCCGACUCGCUGGGCACAGUCAUACGCAGUGAGGAUGUCCUUCAAGGUGUCGUGUCCGACAACAAUUGUCGCGAGGAUCCUUGUUUCAACGGUGGCAACUGCACCAUCACCUGGAACGACUUUCAGUGCAUCUGCCCGCCAGGAUUCAAGGGGAAAACGUGCGCCGAAUUGGAAUUUUGCGCCAUUCAUCAAUGCCCAGUUGGCGGCCUGUGCCACAAUUUGAACGACGGCUACGAGUGUCUGUCGAGCGCCACAUUCAACGGCGUCAACAGCACCGUCGAAUACACGAGCAUCGGCAUUGAUGCCUCAUCGGCCGGCGUCGAACAAACGAUCGACUUCUCGUUCCGUUCCAGGCAAGGAGGGACCGUGUUGACCAUCCAAAACGAAGCCAGCGCUCACGUCCGUUUCCUUCGACUGGAUAUCGAAAAUCGAGGCGUCAUCAUCCGCUGGAUCGCCAAAAGUGGCCUGGUCGUCAAUGAAAGUCUCUACGAAUUGCCGGAGGCUCUCAAUGGUUCGUGGCAUUCCGUUACGCUCAAUUUGCCCGGCAAUUUCUCCCUGGCCGAGUUGGUGGCACCGGAAGGCCAAAUCACCUUGGGCGGAAGUGGAACGGAAACCACAACGGUGACGGUCCAUUCGCUGGUCGAACGACAAGUGCCAGACGAGACGACGAUCUUGCCCGACCAGAACGAAAAUGAAACCGGACCGGCCGUCAUGUUGAUCCUUCCCGAUUCAGUGCCUUAUCGCGGAUGUCUCAACGAAUUCCGCGUCGGUGGAUUGCUUUUGCCUUUCUUUCCUACUUCGGAUCUAUUGAGCGAUCCAUCGGCUCGCAAAUUCCGUCCCAUCAGCGCCGAUCAGCUCAACAAUCUGGAACUUGAAUGUCGACUGUGCUACGAUCACGAGUGCCAGAACGGCGCCAAAUGUUUGGAUCCUUUGGCCAAUUACACGUGCGAUUGCCUGGCCGGUUACGAAGGUGAUCUCUGCCAAGUCAACAUUGACGAAUGCGUCCAUCAUCUGUGCGUUAACGGCGAUUGUCUGGACGGAGUGGCCAACUACACUUGCCAAUGCAAACCCGGAUGGACUGGAUGGCUCUGUGACGAGGACAUUAACGAAUGCGAUCCGGACCCAUGCCAGAACAACGCGACGUGCGAUAAUUUGAUUGGCCGUUACUUUUGCAAUUGCACCGAGGAUUUCGUCGGCGUCGAUUGCGAGAAGCCCCGCGUCGUCACUUGCGCUAAUGAGCCGUGCCUCAACAGCGCCAAUUGCACUGACCUAUUCGAUGCUGUGACUCUGCUGGCCAACAACUACACUUGUUUCUGCCCGUUUGGCUAUGACGGAAUCAACUGCGAGAACCCCAUUAAUUAUUGUUCCGUCCUCGACCCUUGCCGCAACGGCGCCUUCUGCACCGGCGUCUCUUUCGAGCCUGGUUACAUUUGCGAAUGCGACGAAGGAUUCACUGGCGACAAUUGCGAGAUCGACAUCAACGAAUGCGCUCAACGUCCGUGUCUGAACGGCGGCCGCUGUAUCGACGGUGUCAACAAUUUCACGUGCGAUUGUUCGUCGACCGGUUACGAAGGAUACCUCUGCGAAGUGGACGUGGACGAAUGCCGACGUGACGACCCCUGCGUCCGAGGCCGUUGCAUCAACUCACCUGGCAGUUACAGUUGCGUGUGCGAGAGCGAGGAUGACUGCGGCCGUCAUUGCGAUCGUAAAGAUCCUUGCCGCAUCGUCCCCUUGAAUGCAAAUGAGUCGGUGUGUUACAAUGGAGCGAAAUGCACGUCUUACUGUGACGACGUGGACAAGAUGACGGGGUUGCCCGUCUAUCGUUGCUCUUGCGGCGAUGGCUACGAAGGAUCUGAUUGCUCGCUGAAAAUCAUUUCUCAACUUGAACCCAACUUGAAAUUGGUGGCAAUCAUCGUUCCCAUUGUGGCCGCCCUUUUGCUCAUCGCGUUGGUCGGUUUCGUCGUGUUCGUCAUGAUGGCUCGCAACAAACGGGCCACUCGAGGCACUUAUAGCCCGUCUCGACAGGAAAUGUUUAGUCCGCGCGUAGAAAUGGGUCAAGUCAUGAAACCUCCACCAGAAGAGCGACUCAUUUAAGCAACAACGAAAUGGGUCGAGGCAUUUUAUUUUUUUUUUGUUUAAUUUUCUUUAUUUUAUCAAAUCGUCGCUUAUUGACCUUAUUUUACUACAACUUAUAGGAAAUGUGUCAGUGUGUGUGUGUGGCCUUUUGUGAAAUAGCAGAGAGUUGGUGGAGGAUCUUGUGAUGGUACACAGAUACUAAAGAAAACAAAUUUCUAACAACAUAACAAAAGAGUAACUAAAAAUUCCCCCUUCCCUUCAAACCGACUAUAAUAUCGAGACCUUGGUGCCUUUUUUUUCCAAAUUGUUUCCGUCGAUUGUAAUCAUAAUUAAGGUUGUACAUUUUUCUCUUUGAAAAGAUGACGAGUUUCGAUCUCCUUUUUUUUUCAAAAAAAUAUUCCAAUGGGUGAUCGCUCUCUCUGUUUGCAUUUUGUUUUUCUUUUAAAGAAAAAAAAGACCCUAUCGACCUAAUCCCUCCAUAACAGUAUCUAAGAUGAAUAAUCUAAUCAUCGGCAGAGGCAACAACCGACUUGUUCACGACACCCGACAACAAUUGUUGCUCUCUUUCUAACCGCGAUUCCUUUCUGAUUAGAUUCAACAAAAAUGUACAGAGCUGCAGAUCCCCCUCCCUUUUUGAUGUCCCGAUCAACGUGUUAUAUAUAGAUAUCUACUUCUCUUAAAAAACAAAACAAAAACAAUUUGCAUUCCAUGUGUGUUUUUUGGGCUUCGUGUGAGCGUCUCCACACAGCCGUCCAUAAAACUGAACCCUUAUUAGCUCGACUCCGUCCGCGUCCCGCCUCGUGUUUACGUGUCUCGCCUUUUUUUUUUUUGCAUUUCCAACGAAAUGAAAAUGCCUUUUUCAAGUGUUAGCGUAAAACCCUGUUUUAAUCAGUUGAUUAUUUUUUUAUUUUUGGGAGGGUGGGUUCUUUAUUUUUAAAUUGAAAAUGGUAGACUAAUCUGCCCUGUUUCACUGAUUUGUUUCUUGUCCUUUUAUUGAAUUGUAUGUACCACCCUUAUGUAAAAGUUACACCUUUCCUCUUCCUUUAUUGUUUUACAGCAUAACCCGUCCCAGGUUUCCCCCCCCCCCAUUAUGUGCUCCGCUCGUAUAUACACCUUUCCUUUGUACAUUGA